CUUCGCCGUGAAGUCAAAAUGUCAACGUCACAGAUAUUCGUGACAACCGUAGUGGUGUUGCUGUCUCUGUCUCUCGUACAGUGUGUGGACGAGACAGAGAGCAAAGAUGUAAAGGCGAUGGCACCGGAAUCAGAUGCAAGACAAGAUGAUAUGAGCGAUAUGGAUAUCAUGGGUGCGCUGAGCGAUUGCAAUGAAACCUUCAGGAUUGACAUGUCAUAUUUACUGGCUCUAAAUGAAAGUGGCAGUUUUCCUGAUGAAACCGAUAGGACACCGAAGUGUUACGUACGUUGCGUGCUGGAGAUGGUGGACGUGGCAUCAGCUAUCGGGCAGUUCGACCCAGAGCGCGCUGAAGCUGCUCUCAUGGGGAUUAGGGGAGUGAGGGCGCUCAGUAACGUCAAGGAGGUUGCUGUCACUUGUGCUGACAGACAGGAAACCUGCAAGUGUGAGAGAUCGUACCAAUUCAUCAAGUGCCUCAUGGAGAUGGAAAUCAAGAUGUCCGAGAAAUCCUAGUACAGUUAAGUA